UGUUUACGUAUGGCGCACAUGUAGCACUAAUGUUUCCCACAAAAUGGAUUUGCCCGUUAUUGUGCACGAAUUAAGGACUCUAAAUGAACAAUACAAGAAAAGAGUAACUGAUAAAGAACAAGCUACAGCGGUUUAUUGCAAGGGUUUCUGCACGAUCUUACAAAAGUUUCUAGACAAACACAACGACAGCUAUGAAGAGUAUGUUUUCUCCCUGUGUAUUUUCCUCUGCCACUAUGCUGCCAGCUAUGGAGAGCUGGCAGUUUAUGAUUCCAAAGAGAAAAUUUGUCAGCAAUUAUUUAGACUAUGUAUUAAAGCAGUAUUGGAUGUCAAGUGGAGAGAAUUAUCUAAUGAAAAUACAUGUCGGCAGAAGUUCCGAGAAACUGUGGAUGCUGUCCACACACAACUGGAGCGGUUCAAUUAUGGUAAAUUCCAGCUGAUUAAGAAACUGAUGGAGACCCACUGGGAUCAUCCAACUCUUAGCAGGAUCAUGGCUGGUGCUGAUGAUCUUGAAGAAAGUGAAGUAAUGGAAUACUUUGCUGAAGAAGACCCCAUGGUGCUAAAAGUCCGAGUUGAGAUGCUGUUAGAUGAAAAUUGUGAAGAAUUUGCCAUGAAUCUUUGUAGAUGGUGUUUUCUUCAUCCUGAACUUGCUGACAAUGUACAGUUGCGUGAGACUCAACUUUUAAUGCUUUACCGUUCUGCAAAUGUAGAAAAACUACAAGAGGAUUGUUCAAAGAUCUCUUGUGAGAUGGCAGUGCAAAUCAUCAAGAAUUUACAAGAUUGUGAAUCACAUCAGGGAUUUUGUGUGAUGAUAGCUCAAACAUUUCUUGUGCAGAAUUGGUUGAGAGGAGUAUCUGCUGAUAGUGGUACCAAGGUAUGUUAUGUUCUCACACCUGUGUAG